AUGUUGUGCGACGACCCGAAAUGCCUCUGCCACCCUCGCCCCAAGAAACCCUUCCAAAAGCUUGAGCUCGUCAUACGCGGUUCUCAGUCCAACGAAGUCUGUCGACUUCAUCAAGCGGGUGCGCAAUUAGAUGUCGUGUUUGACCUAAUAGGGAACGACAUGACGCUGCGAGAAACAAUCGGAGACCCAACCAUGGCCAAAGCCUCCUACUCAAUUGCCCUCCUCCUCAAAUCGAAGAUGAUGGAUUUUGUGAACUUGAAAGGCCUUGCCGACAACUCACUCCUUCUAUCGUUCCGAAUGCAGAGCUCGUUCUGCGCCGCGACGGGCAAAGACAGGAUGAUGUUCAAGGAGAAAUACCAAGGCUUCUCAUCCAAUCGACUUGAGAGCAGACUGUACAACGACUUCUAUUCUUGCAAAUGGUCCGAGCAGCAUCUGGAGCUACUUCUGCCGGCGGAACGUAUCAUGGGCUGGAAAACGGUCGCCCUCAUCUUGAAGACGUUCAAGCGCAUCACCCCGGAGAAUUGGUGCCACAUGGUCAAGCUGAGGAACAGGCCGAGCGUUGCGGGUCUGGACUGGAUGGCCAUCGAAGAUAAGGUGAUGCCUGCGAAAAUCGAGAAGCCCAUUACCCUGGCGCCUUCCAGUGAAGGAAAGAAGUUGCACUACCUUAUCGAGAAGAAGAAAGCAGCAGCAAAGAGAGCCAUGCAAAAGCAAGGACUACUUUGCCACUAG